GAUCAAAGCAUGCCUGCUUUUUUAUUAUUAUUUUUUAAAAAGUGCAUUGUUGUCCUUAAAGAUUAGGAUGAUUAUUUUGGAAAGCAUGCAUGGAAACACAUGCAUUUGGUUUUUGUUGCUUUUAUAACCCUUACUUUAAGAGGGCUGGGGUGAGAUCAAAGCAUUUCCAGGUGGAAGGUCAGGCAGGAGUGUGGCUGGGCUGCAAGAUCAUCUUAGCAGGCAAGGAGGCAUAGCAGGGUCAGGCUUUUGCAGACUGACAUGCUCGGCAUCCUGGAAUGCUUAAGCAUGUGCUUCCACUGGCAGCGUGGGCAUCAUCCCACGCCCAUCUCCCUCCAGCCUCCCUCCGAGGCUUCCUGACAUUUAAUGCCAUGCGGCUUCAUGCAGCGGGCAGGAAUGCGAAGACCGCGAAGAUCAGGUGGGAAGAGGAGCAGCAUGCGAACGGCGUGAAGUGGCAGCAGCUGGAGCACAGGGGACCGUACUUUGCGCCGCCCUACGAACGGCUGCCGCGGGGAGUCUGCUUCUAUUACAACGGCAAGCCUAUGAAACUCAGCCCGGCGACGGAGGAGAUUGCCACAUUUUAUGCAAAGAUGCUUGAUCAUGACUACACGAGAAAGGCGAUUUUCAAGAAGAACUUUUUCUGUGACUGGACAGAGCAGAUGACGUCAGAAGAGAGGAAGAAGAUCAGGGAGCUGGACAAAUGCGACUUCAGAGAGAUUCACGAAUAUUUUGUGGAGAGACAGGAGGCUCAGAAAGCUCUGCCAAAGGAGGAAAAACAGAAAUUAAAAAAGGAAGCAGAAAGAAUCCAAGAGGAAUAUGGUUACUGCAUAAUUGACGGGCACCGGGAGAAGAUUGGCAACUUCAAGACGGAGCCGCCGGGUCUUUUCCGAGGCCGUGGGGACCACCCAAAGAUGGGGAUGGUCAAGAAGAGGAUAAUGCCCGAAGAUGUCAUCAUAAACUGUAGCAAGGGUUCCAAGAUCCCCAAACCCCCUCCUGGGCACAAAUGGAAGGAAGUUCGGUCUGACAAUAGCGUAACCUGGCUGGCGUCGUGGACGGAGAACAUUAAUGGGGCCAUAAAGUACAUUAUGUUGAACCCCAGUUCCAAGCUGAAGGGGGAGAAGGACUGGCAGAAAUACGAAAUUGCUCGCUGCUUGAAAGGGGUGGUGGGCAAGAUUCGUGCUCAGUACCGGGCAGACUGGAAAUCAAAGGAGAUGAAGAAGCGGCAGAGGUCUGUGGCCCUUUAUUUCAUCGACAAGCUGGCCCUGAGAGCGGGGAAUGAGAAGGAGGAAGGGGAGACGGCAGACACGGUGGGCUGCUGCUCUCUCCGCGUCGAGCACCUGAGGCUUCACCCUCGGAUGGACGGGAAGGAGAACGUGGUGGAGUUUGACUUCCUGGGCAAGGACUGCAUUCGCUACUACAACCAGGUGCCUGUGGAGAAGCAGGUGUUCAAGAAUUUGCAGUUGUUCAUGGAGAACAAAGGACCUGGGGACGAUCUUUUCGACAGGCUCUCUACAUCAACCUUGAACAAACAUCUCCAGGACCUGAUGGAAGGUUUGACAGCUAAGGUCUUCAGGACGUACAAUGCCUCCAUCACCCUGCAAGAACAGCUGGAUGCCCUGACCAAUGAGGAUGACAACGUGGCUGCCAAGCUCCUCUCCUACAACCGAGCCAACCGUGCGGUCGCCAUCCUUUGCAACCACCAGCGGGCAACUCCAAAAACCUUCGAGAAAUCCAUGCAAAACCUCCAGGCUAAGAUCAAUGUCAAAAGGGACCAGUUGUGUGAUGCAAAGCUGGAGCUCAAGAGGGCAAAGGCAGAUUGCAAAUCUAAAAGGGAUUUGAAAUCUAAAGCCACUUUAGAAAAGAAGCAGAAGCACAUAGAGAAGUUGGAAGAGCAGCUGGAGAAGCUUGUCCUGCAAGCAACAGACAAAGAGGAGAACAAGCAAAUCGCUCUGGGCACCUCCAAGCUGAAUUACCUGGACCCGCGCAUCAGUGUGGCCUGGUGUAAAAGGUUUUGCGUGCCCAUUGAGAAGAUUUUUAACAAGACCCAAAGGGAAAAGUUUGCAUGGGCGAUAGAUAUGGCAGACGAAGAUUUUGUAUUCUGAGGAGAUCCCGGCUACCUCUUGCUCGUUUUGGUGGAUUUCCUCGCAUUUCCGUGCCUUCGUUUGACUCCGUUUCUUUUCUUUUGCAAGCAAAAAUACAUCUCUAAAGGAAGGCGUUGUGCCUGUAUCAUCGUCUUUUGUGCAAAAAGGUUGAAGAUGGGGAGCCAACUUGCUGGUCUCUUCUCAGGGGCUCUGUGGCUGCAACAGGGGGCUCUUCGGUUCUGCCUGCAGCACAUAUUUAAACGGAUUUCCCCCGCUCGUGGCUCCCUCCCCUCCACAAAAGACCUUAGCAGAUCCAGUUGAACCUCGGUUGUUGAACGUAAUCCGUUCCGGAAGUCCGUGCGGCUUCCGAAAUGUUCGACAACCGAGGCUCAGCUUCCAAUUGGUUGCAGGAGCUUCCUGCACUCAGCAGAAGCUAGGUUGGACGUUUGGCUUCUGAAAAACGUUCGAAAACCGGAGCAUUCACUUCUGGGUUUUCAGCGUUCAGGAGCCGAAACAUUCAGAAACAGGCGUUCGGGAUCCGAGGUUUGACUGUACAGUUCUGCAAUGGGGACUAGGUGUGCCUGUAAACAUGCAAAAUAAUAAUAAUAAUAAUCCCAGGGUUAUUUGAGGGAAGCCAUUAUAAUUUAAGCCAAUUCAUGCUUUGAUACAGCAGAAGUAUCGCUAGCCAUUGUCUUUUGCCUGAUUUUAUGAGGUCAUUGCGAGAGCCCAGCGCAGAAAUGUGCUUUUACCAUUUUGCUUAGACUAUGUUUGUGGGUGUUGCAGUAAAUUUGGGUGGUUCUGAAUGUGGGAAUUAGAGGCAGCCUCACACCUCUGACCUUUUUAAAGGGUGCAUAGCCUACCUCCCCCCUUUUUUUCAAUGGAGGAAUGUUAAAGCUAGCCAGAAAUAGUGCAGGGACUUUCUCUUGGGAAGAAGGGAGACUGUUUUCUGAAAGAAGACUCUGAUGAAAACUUUGGUUAGGUUUUCCUAAUCCAGUCUGUGCCCUCUGUAUCAGAGACGCUCUUCAUCCUAUGCCUUGCUUCACGAAUUUUGCAAGUUUGGGAAUCUCUGGCUGUGCUUUGAAAGCUCCUGGGUCCUAUUAGGGCAUUUGGUGAAGCGAGCAACUGGAUCUGUAGUCAAAAGAGUCUAGGCGGUUGGGCAAAGAUGGAGAGCAGACAGGUGAGUCCUUCGAAACAACAAAUUUCCUCCAAAACCCACAGGAAGGAAAGCCAGUACACCAGAAGGAAAAAGUUAGAAAAAUGCCACUAUUACCUGCCAGAGCAUUUGGUGGUUGUCCCCUGAAAUCACACAAAAACCUUUGGUUUACACUAUGUACUGACAAACCUGUAGCACUUGGUUCACUUUCAGUGUAAUUAUUGUGGUUUGAUUUAAGAAGGCAUCCUUGUUCAGCAAAUUCCUGUUUGCAAGGCACAUUAGCCAUGAAAUUGGGGUUGAGGGGAACAGGGUGAUUUCAAAGGUUAGUGCUGUCGGUCUGGAGUGGAAGUUUAUCCAUGCAAAGAACUCUUAAAUGAUAUUUCAAAGUUAUGGCGGUGGGUGGUUCAAAGAUUUCUACUGGAAGAAUAAUACCACUAUGCCACAAUCCUGAUAAUAUCGCUCCUAGUUUGCUUGUAGUUUCCUACAAAUUGAGGGUGGUGCGGUGCUAUAAAUGGAUUUUUGUUUCCAUACAAAAUGGUAACUGGUGCUUUUUGCCACACGUGAACCAAACACGCCUGUAACACAAUUCCAGCUUCUCAGAAGUGCUCUGGGGUUUUCUGAAGUCACAUUCAAGGAACUCAAGAUUCUUGGGUGAUGGAUUGUUUAUGGCUUGUUUGAUAUUAAGUUACCUGGAAAGCUGUUCAUUAAAAUAUGAGUAUUUUUGUCUAUGACGACCUUUGGGUUUUUUCGAAUGUGUGUGCUGAAAACAAAGGUGGGAGCAACUUGCUCCAAAAUCUUACAUUACUUUGGUUUCCAUCAAGAAUUUACGCCCUAUUUG